AUUAUGUCUAUGCGAAAAACAGUGUCGCGUAUUGUCAACACUGAAAAUAAGUAUGCAACAGGUGUUCGCAGUUCGCUGGUGUAUGUGUACGAUCGCAUAUAUUUGAAAUUAUUCGAACGCUGUCAAACUUUGACGAAACUUCCAAAACUUUUUUAUAAAAAUGGCGACAUUGUCCUACAGUUAUAUGCCUGAUUAUUUUUCUUUGACAGAUAUCUUGUGUACAGAGGAACGAAUAUCGUGCAAAGUCGAGGUUACAUUACCUCGUUUGGGUUUCCUAGAUCUUUCCUCUGAAUCUGAAGAUUUAAAAAUAGGUACAAAGUUAGAGCUUCCGCUGUGGCUGGCACAGCCAUUGAAUAUAGCGAGAGAAUCAAUAGUCAGUAUAGACAUACCUAAAACAUACAAGGAAGGCUACAGGGAAAUUCUAUUAGCGGAUGCCUGUACUGUUGUUUUAAAUAAAUGGAAUCCAUAUUACUAUGAAUUAGGGAUGUACUUAAGAAAAUUCAAUAAUCGUGAUUGUGAAAUGAUAAUUGACAGUUUGUUAUUGACCUUCAGAUCACGAUUUAGAUUAGUUAUGGACUGGGCGCAAAAUCCUGUUUCCGACCCUACACUUAAUAGUUUACUGCCAAGAUUAGAGAGAGAUUUAUUUCUUACAGGUAGGAAAGCUAAGUUACAAUUAAAUGAAUGGUUAAGGAAAGGUUCGAGCAUUAUAGAAACUUCGCAGAGUGCAGUAAAUCUUAAAAAACGUAAACGAACAGAUUAUGAACUUGAUUAAAAUCGUAUAAAAUUUGUGUAAUGAAAUAAUAAUAUUAAAGUUCAAUAAUUACUAAUUACAAUAUCUGAGCAAUGUGAUAUAAUGUUUUAUACAAAUGAUUUUCACAAUGUGAGAAUAAGAUGCUAGAAUAAUAUUUAAAUAAAAUUUAUUAUCUUAUAUCUUGAAAUUACAUAUCCCUUUAUAUUAAAGAUUUAUUAUAAGAAUAUCUAUGUGAGUUCUAUUUAUUAAAUAACAAAUAAAAAUUUUAUUUACACGUCUUGGAAUCAAUCACAUUCGAACUGUUAACACUGUAUAGAAAGAAUUGUGCAACAAAAGGUGGUAAUAUCUAUUUCACAACCCACGACUAUAUAUAAAAAUUGUUAAAAUAUAUAUCUUAACAGAUAAAUAUACAAUGAAACACUAAUAUGUUACA